GUGCUCUUUAAGGCAGAAUGGAAAUAUUCAGAGCUGCAGGUAUCCUUAAUAAUUGGAAAACUAAGUGCAUUGAAGAAUAAAAGGACAAGUGUAUGCCAAGCUACGUAACUCUCGCCAUCUCUUCAAUAUAAAUCUUCCUACAUACAUGCUGCCUCCAAAUGAUUUUAGUAGUUAAGAAAAAAAUUCUUAAAAAAGAAUGUGUGCAAUGUAAUAUAAGAGGCAGUUGAGACCAGACACCAUCUUGAUGCUUCUGUUGUCACUAUUUUUUGUUCAAUGUAUCAGCUGUGAUUCAAAACUGAAAACCAAAGAAUGAAAAUAAGAGAUAAAAUACUAAUACAGAAGUACUACUUAAAUGUCUUCAAUGGAAUUUUCUUGGCUCUGGGUCUUAUGCUUUUGACAUUUGGUCUAUGGCUUUUCUUUGACAGAAACAAUUUAUUUAGUGUGUUAUUUUCUUCAGAUGAGAACCAGCUAGUGGCGUACAUUUCUUGUAUGUUACUUGGAAUUGGAUCUGCUAUUGCUUUUACAUCAGCUGUGGGAUUCCUUGGAAGUGUUAAGGAAAUCAAAUGUCUACUAGUUACAUAUAUGAGUUUUCAGGUCCUGGUGUUUGUUACUCAGAUGGCAACAUUGGUGCUGAUAUUCAUGAAGAAAGAGGAGGUCCACAGUCAAUGGAACAACAGAAUUGAUGAAGUUAUUUCUGAAUAUGGGAAUGAGAGUCUGGCUGAGCAGGAGGCCAUGUGGAACAUUCUGGAUGCUGUGCAGCACAAUAUGGAAUGCUGUGGAAGAUACAACGUCACACAGUGGGAAAGGAAUAAAAACAAGGAAAAUAGUACUCAAAUCCCAUGUUCAUGCAUAAAAUCUAGUCUGAAGAAGUGGUUUUGUGAUGUCCCAAAGAAUUCAACAUACAGUAUGGGAUGUGAAGAAUAUUUAAAUACAUGGUUUGAAAACAAUGUGUUGAUCUUAACUGCAAUUGCUAUCAGCCUGCUAAUUACACAGAUAUAUUUGAUCACACUGACUGGUCAGCUAUUUAGAAACAUCAGAAAGAAUAAUAUUUGGCCAAAUGAAUCGUGAACUCUUCUGAAAGUUGCUGAAGUGCAAGAAUUAUCUGAUCCGUGCCUGUGACAGUCAAUGAAACUACUUCCACUAAAAUUUGCUUGGGCUGUACGUAUUGUAGUCACUAG